GGGCCACAGCUUUUAGUGGCCUGCCUACUCUUCUGUUAAUCUAGACCCAGUUUUUUGGACAGUGAGGAUUUGUUGUGUGUUCUAAUCUGGUUCAAAGUUUCACCGUUGUCCAAUUAAUUGAAGUUGUUGGUUCUUUACCAUUUUUUUUUACUUUUCGUAGUUUUGGAUCAGCCUUCAUGUGGUUUCACCAUAGUUUUCCCACAGCAGCCUCUCUUACGCUUCUUUACACAAGUUCACACUCUUGAAGAACAGUUUCUGAGCAGGCUCUAGUGGUUUGCAGUGUAUCUUGACGUGAAAAAGUGUGAUCGAGUUUCUUUAUUUUUUACUUUGGAAAAGGGAAGAUACCCAAAAAGAUGGCUUCUUUUAAACUGGAUUUUUUGCCUGAGAUGAUGGUGGACCAUUGCUCUUUGAAUUCUAGUCCUGUGGCAAAGAAGAUGAACGGGACCCUGGACCACCCGGACCAGCCCGACAUCGAUGCUAUCAAGAUGUUCGUUGGCCAGAUCCCACGGUCCUGGGCAGAGGAACAGCUGCGGGAGCUUUUUGAGCCUUACGGCGCCGUCUACGAAAUCAAUGUGUUGCGUGACAGGAGUCAAAACCCCCCACAGAGCAAAGGUUGUUGUUUCAUAACAUAUUACACUCGCAAAUCAGCAUUGGAAGCACAAAAUGCCCUUCACAACAUGAAAAUUCUUCCAGGGAUGCAUCACCCCAUUCAGAUGAAGCCAGCUGACAGUGAGAAGAAUAAUGCGGUGGAAGACAGGAAGUUGUUCAUAGGAAUGAUAUCGAAAAAGUGUAAUGAGAAUGACAUCAGACUUAUGUUCUCGCCGUACGGACAGAUUGAGGAAUGUAGAAUACUACGUGGGCCGGAUGGACUGAGCCGUGGUUGUGCGUUUAUCACUUUUACAGCAAGGCAGAUGGCACAGUCAACAAUCAAAUCGAUGCACCAAUCACAAACUAUGGAGGGCUGCUCGUCUCCCAUCGUAGUUAAGUUUGCCGACACGCAGAAGGACAAGGAGCAGAAGCGCAUCGCCCAGCAGCUUCAGCAGCAGAUGCAGCAGCUCAACGCUGCCUCAAUGUGGGGGAAUCUGACCGGGCUCAACUCUCUGGGCCCACAGUAUCUGGCACUUUAUUUACAGCUUCUCCAGCAGUCUGCCUCCUCUGGGAAUGCCCUCAACAACCUUCACCCCAUGUCUGGUAUGUCAGGGCUGAAUGCCAUGCAGAACCUGGCUGCUCUGGCAGCGGCGGCCAGCGCCACACAGGCCACGCCCACGGGCAGCAGCGCUCUCACCACCUCUAGCAGUCCCCUCAGCGUGCUCACCAGCUCAGGUACGGGUACUGGACAUCAGGCACACUCAUCAUGGGACGCCUACAAGGCAGGAUCGUCACCCACAUCCUGUAACAACAACUCAGGGAACCCCAUGGCCUCCUUAGGGGCGCUGCAGUCGUUGGCCGCAGGGGCUGGAGCUGGCCUCAACAUGGGCUCACUUGCAGAGCUCCUGUGUCUAGGGAUGGCAGCCCUGAACGGCGGUCUAGGCAGCGGGGGCCUGUCGAACGGAACUGGUAGCACCAUGGAGGCCCUUACCCAGGCCUACUCUGGGAUCCAGCAGUACGCUGCUGCUGCCCUCCCCAGCCUCUACAACCAGAGCCUGCUCUCCCAACAGAGUGUCAGUGCUGCAGGAAGCCAGAAGGAAGCAAGCGACAGUCGGAGCACGGGCCCUGAGGGAGCCAACUUGUUCAUCUACCACCUCCCCCAGGAGUUUGGAGACCAGGACCUGCUCCAGAUGUUCAUGCCCUUUGGCAACGUUAUUUCCGCUAAGGUGUUCAUUGACAAGCAGACCAACCUCAGCAAGUGUUUUGGCUUUGUGAGUUACGACAAUCCAGUCUCAUCACAGGCCGCCAUUCAGUCGAUGAACGGUUUCCAAAUUGGUAUGAAGCGACUAAAGGUGCAGCUGAAGCGAUCCAAAAAUGACAGCAAGCCAUACUGAGUGCUUUAUCUCUCAAUUGGACUUGGUUAGGAAAUGUUUUUUUCUGGUAAGUGGAGUGUGAAUAAGAAAGUAAAACCCUGCUGCAAACCCUUACCCUCUCCUCAUUCUUCCCUCUCCCUUUGUGCAUUACAAGAUUACCGCUUUGCUGGGGUCACUCCUUUUUAUUCUCUGUAUUAACAAACGCAAGCAGAAAACAAAAACAACAUGCAUAAUGAUGUUAAGUAUAUGAUUUAGUCAACUGAAACUGGAUACUUACAUUCUGGUUUGGUUUUGAAUUUUUCUUUUUUAAACAAUUGUAUUUUAAAAUGUAAGUUAAGGUGUCAUUAGUUUGCUGUGUAAAAGUUUUAAGUCAUAAUGAUGUUGCACAAUGACAGCCAGUUACCAAAAUAUCCCCUUGAUUUUUACCCAUGCUCCCAUCACCACCUAAUCCUGCCCCAUGCCCCCUGACCACACUCCAAAUUAAUCCCCUCAUAACCAAACCAUCCCCAUGGUUGCAUUCUUAAACUGAUACAGUACAUUAGGACACUGAGCGUCAUGCAGAGCCUUCAGAAAACUGCCUUUUUGAAAUGAGGAUGGACAGACCAUGCACCGGAUAAUGGAAAGAAAACAAUAGCUGUUUGCCAACUUCAAUUAUCUACAUGUAAGAUCUGACUUCACUCCAGCAGAUGAGCCAUUUAAAAAAAAUAGAUAAGUUGCCUGAAAAGUCUAUUUGUGAUGCUGUACCAGGAAUACAUUGCAUACAGUAGGCUUUUACUUAUUAUUUAUAUUUUUGUUUGUUUGUUUAUUUAUUUAUUUAUUCAACAACCAACAAGAAGCUUGAAUUUCUGUUCUCAACGUUAUAUUUUGGAGCAAAAUAUAAUUUUUUACAACUCUGAAUGAAUUGAUUCGUAAGACGUCAGCAGUAUUGCCUUGAAUGGUUUUGUGAGAUAUUUAACUUGCAAACCUCUUGAUUUGUCUCAGGACAAUGUCACAACGCCACACCCUUGCUUCAGGCAUGUAGUGUAGUUUAUCUGAAAUACUUCACCCUUUUUUCAAUUGAAUAUCUGAUAGAGAAUAUGGGGUCUUGCAUCAUUAACAGAUACUGUGCUGAAUGUGUGUGAAGGGAGGAGUAAUUGGGUCCUACUUUAAGUUUUAAUGAACACAGCUGCUAAGGUGUCAUCUGGCUUGAGUAAUUUUAUUCCCCACCUGACAGAUGUGUACAUUUGGCCUUCUGUCUACUGCUUCCCUUCACAGGUCUUUUUAAGUGAGGAACAGUAACUUUAAUAGUGGCAAUAACUUAUAUAGUCUCUACUCUGCCAUGAUCUUUAACUUCAAACGAGCAUUCCGCCCCAUUUAGAAUAUUCACAUUCGAUCGAUUUCCUUUCUGUUUUUAGCUGUCAGUUCAAGUAGAACAUCAGUCCUACUUCUAACACUAAUUGGAAUAUCAGCAUUUUAGGCUUGCAGCAAUAGUGAGUGUCCUGGAAAAGAUGUUCAAAAAGUACAACAUUGGGGCCUUUCAAAGUUAACAUUUGUCAGAUUCAUCCUAAAUUAUCCAAUCAUCUACUAAUUACUGAUGCAAAAAUAAUGCUCUAAGUAGAUAUUAUAAUUUAUUUUAUUAUUAUGUUUUAUCCUCUUGUGUUAACCAAAAUGUUUUGUAAUUAUUCAUCAUCCGCAGUUCAAGUAGUCUGCUCUACCUCUCAGAGCUGGUUAGAUGAGACUACUCCCUCAAAAUACUGGCUUCCCUGCAGAUUUUUAUUCCAGUGUUUGUAUUUAUUAUUGACUAAAAACGCUAGCAUUUCAUGAUUGGCGACGUUAAAUAAAUGUGAAUCACUACAACAAACACAGUAAUCAGUUUCUUAGACUUCCAUUAACUUAUGAAGUGUUUCAAUAGCAAUGGAAAGAAACAAUUGUCCAGAUGAUGUAUAUUACAAAACUAUUAUGCCUUUUCUAUUUUUAUAGAGGUUUUAUACUUCUCCCGAGUGUCGGGAACUAUUUAUUGCCUACGUUAUUUCUCUGAAUUAAAAUGAUUGUUUCAAGAAUCUUCAACAGUAUUUUGUAGAAUCCUAAUGUGACGUUGGUUACUACAUUUAAAUAUGUGAGGUUUUAACUACUGACCUGUGUAGCCCUAUUCAAGUGUUUAUUGUUAAUGUGCCAGAAGUGACAAUUUUGUAUGGAACUGUCAGUGAGUAGGAUUUGCCAGUGCUGCUAAAGAUUUCGAAACUGUAGUCCCCUUCCAUUUUAAGAAUGGAACAUAUUACAGGGAAAAUCAAUAUUUAUUUGAGUUCAACCUAGAUGUGUGCCUAUUUAACUAUCAUUUCCAUGUGCAUAACAAUACCAACUGAGAAAAUAGGCUUAAGCAGGGUUAGUGCAGGGUUAAGUCCAGGAUAUUUGCUGCCAUUAAAAUAAGUCCAAAGACUGAAUCUCAACUGAUGGGGGCACAUAGUUGUUAGUUGUUAUUGUACAUUAACUAAACCAUCACUGUAUACUUUGCUGUACAUCUCGUACAUUUUUUUUGUAUGAAAGGCAUCGUUCAGAGUAAGCGUACAGAAGUGGAAUCCUUAAGAAUAGUAGCAGAUUAUGGUAGAGAACAUGAGAAGAUGCCAAACACUCACAGAAAAGCUGUUUUGUUUACAAAGUGAAACAGACUAAUGUAGUCUUAAAGUUUUAUAGCUUCAACUUUUUUACUCAUUUGUUAUAUCAAAUGUCUGAAGUUUGUUUGCGCUGUCUUUACUUACCCUUUCUGUAUUGUAUUGACAAACUGCCUCCUUAUUUAAAAAGAAAGUUACCUCCUUGCCACUUAAAGUACAGAUACUGUACUUCACUCAGUUUUGUAGUGUGCCCUCGAGAAAAGCUCAUUUGCUGUGGAUAUAAGUUAGCUGCAUUGUAUUGCAUAUGUUGGAAUUAUGAACAGAUAAAGCACAAAACCAAAAGAGAAAUGUUGACAGAUUUGUUGACAAUCAGCUCUCAUAGAUCAUUCUAGCAAAGUGAUAAAGCACAAUUAAUCUAAUAUUGCUGGCUCAUAACCCAGGUGACUAUCAUUGCAAGCAAUGAAUAUAAAAAAAGUGCUAUUUUUUACAAUCAGUAAGGAAAUUAUAAAAGCACAUUGGGACAGACGGAGCUAAACCCCUUGGGAGGAUUAUUUUCUGAAAUUGGAAUACUACUGAUCAUUUUAUUUAUUUUAUUUUUUAUUUUUGACUACUGUAUUAAAUAUCCUUAAACGUAAUACUAAGUCACAAAUGUUGAUUGUACAGUAGUAGGCAGUCAGUGUGGUGUCUCGGUGUUGUUGUGUCCUGUAAGUUUUCACCUCAAUUCUCCGUUCGCAUGUUGCUUGUGUUCCCCCUCUGUCCUCUCACCCUUUCGCCUCUUCUGUCUAAAUUAAAUGUUCUGUGUUUAGAUUGGGUAUCUGGUAGUGACUCCCUUCCCCAUGCAAAGAUAAUCAUUCAUGAUUUUCUUUUUCUUCCCUCUCCUUUUUCCGUUGUUGCUUUAACCUAGGUUUGUCUCCCUGUUUUGUUUUAUUCUAGAUAUCUUCGUGCCCGUUUGUUCAUCGUUUGCCUAGCAUGUUGAUGUGACGUCAAAAGUUCAUCGUCCAGUGUCCUCUGCACUUCUCUGACGCUUGAAAUGUUCACCUUUUGACCUUUUUGUUAGCUUUUGUCGUUAAUUGGAAAAUGUUUGUUCUGUGUUUCUCUUUUGUCCUUUGUGCUGCCAAUAGGGUGCGCUAGAAAGACUGCCAAUAAAAUAAAUGUAUAAAGCUACUAUUGUUACAAGCAAAAAAAUAGAAUCUAUUUUUCUAGAACUUACUGACAUAACCACUAGCUUUUUCCAAAUCUGUUUAUUUUGUUUUGUUUAAUUUUACCUUGAUAGUAAAUUCAUUUAUUUUUCCAUUAUGUUUUGAGCGGUCUUCCUAGCGCCCCCACACUACGUUUUGUUUUGUGUCUGAAAGCAACCAAUCAAUUUAUAGAAACUACUUUUGCGUGUGGGUGUUUAUUCUCUUGUAAGUUCUAAACUUUUUUUAGGAUGUCUUUGGUCACAUUUUGCUAAACUGGGGAUGACUUUGUAAUUUUGUGCUAGGUUAGUUGGCAUGAUGGUAAUUUUUUGGGAGUUUCUAUUGAGUGACAACGAUAUACACUUGAAUCACCGUUUUUGUCUUUCAGUGUGUGAAGUCAUCACAGGCACAUAAUGUUUUCAUUUCCUUUUGUGUGGAAAUCAUCCUUAGUCUGAAUAAUAAAAUAUACAAAAUGAGCAGAAUUGAGUUUCUUUUCGCAGUUAAAUAUAUAUUUAGUAUGCACGUUUUUUGUAACUGCACUGAAAUCCUCAGCAAAAUGUGAUUUGAGUUUUUAUAUGAAUAAACUAGUGCCAAACGAUGCUGUUGGUCACAUUUAUCUCUUACACGUUACCCUCUGAAGUUAAGACCUGGGCAACAAAAGUAGGGUUUGGUUUCUUUUUCAACGUUGAUGUGGUGGGUUGUACCUCGUAGGUUUUCGUGUGUGUGUGUUUAGACUGAUUUUAGAGUCCCCUAUUUUAUAUUGGGAUUUAGGUGUUGGAAUUAUUUGGAUUUUUCUGUAGUACAAAAUCAAAGAUCUCACGUGUUAAAACCAGGUUAUAAAGCAUGUGCCCUUAAAGGCUUAUUUGUAGACACUUUGGGAUUAAUUCUGUUGGGUUGGGAGUGUUUUCAGGAAUUAUUUUUGUGUCUCAUAAUAAAGGCUAAACACUAUCUUUUCAUGCAGGUCCUGAUACAUUUUGCAGGUUUUAUUAGCAUACCUUGUCUUUAAUAUAGUUGUAUUGCAGUCUGUAGCAUGUGAAGUGGUGCUUUAUCUGACCUUAUGAUUUUGUCUGAUAACUUUUGGCAUGUUAAGUGUGUGUCGUUGUGCAUUAACCUCAUCAAUUUGCUUUACUUGGGCAAUAUGAAUCCCUUCUACUGUCAUCAUUUCAGUGGUCCACAUGUAUACAAACCAUUGUCUUUGCAGUAGUUAAAAAAUGGCUCCAUCCCUGUUGUUUAAUGUCAGGGCCUCUUCUCGAAUCAAGGUUGGUUUUUGAAAUGGAACUGCUUCCCACAUCAUAGAACUGUCACAUGUUCUGUACUCAGAACUACCCUUUAAUUAUUUUCACCAUUAAAAACCACUUCUCUGGGUUAUUGAUCUACCAUUGUUCAACAAAAAUGUGUUGGAUGGAAUCUCCUUAAAUGAAUUGACCUGCAGAAAAAAUACAGACAAAUUGUAUUUGGAUUGACUGGGCUCAUUUAAUUUUAAUAUUAUUAUGUGACAGAUUGUAUUUCCAGGUUUGUCAGCUGCUAGGUCUGAGUUUAAAUGUGAUCCUAAAAAAGAAACCUGUUGGAUAUUUUUAGCAUUAUUAUUGGUACAAAGUGACUGAUUUGUAUUUAACAUUUGGUUUGUACAGUUUUUGCCUUUUCUACUAGAACAAAGUUGUUAUAUUUCACAAUGUAACAUUGAAAUUCAAAAAUGUUAAACCAUGUAGAGCUUAGUUGCCACAUGACCAAACCUUAGUCUGUACAGCUGUAAUAUUAAUUGAUAAAAAAAAAUGCAAUUCUGUGAAGUCGCCUUUAGUUGAAUUCAAUUAAAAGCUUUUCUUUCUAUACAUUUUUGUUUUGUUUUUAAAUGUUGUGAUUUUGCUGUGAGGCAUAGACAUUGCUGAAUUUAUUAGAUGGCCUAAACAGUUGCUUUUUUAAAUAAUUUCAGUUCGAUAUUGUCUUAAAUGUUUUUGAUUAAGGAUAACACUGUCUCCACAGGCGUGAAGCUAAGUGCACACUCAAUAAGCAGUUGUUUUGUGAGCCAAAAUUGUGAUCCCUAUUUGGUUGGUUGGUUUGUUUAUGUACAAUUAAAAAUGUUUAAAGAUUCA